CCUGAUUUGGGCCUCUGGACCCAAUUAGGGUUUCGUUUUCUAUCAGCUGAUAAGAUCAGUCAUAUAACUCUGCCGCUCUUCUUUCUCGAACUUCAUCGGCGCUGCUGUUAGGGUUAGGGUUCGGGUUCUACCAAAGGAAGGAACACGUAACAAAAAAUGAGUAAGCUUCAGAGUGAAGCCCUUAGGGAAGCCAUUACCCAAAUCACCACAGAUGCCAAAGAAAAGAAGCGUAACUUCACCGAGACUAUCGAGCUUCAGAUCGGUCUCAAGAACUACGACCCACAAAAGGACAAGCGUUUCAGCGGUACCGUAAAAUUGCCUCACAUUCCUCGCCCAAAGUUGAAGGUUUGCAUGCUUGGAGACGCUCAGCAUGUUGAAGAGGCUCAAAAGAUUGGUCUUGAAUACAUGGAUGUUGAAGGACUCAAAAAGCUCAACAAGAAUAAGAAGCUAGUGAAGAAGCUUGCCAAGAAACACCAGGCUUUUUUGGCUUCUGAAUCCGUUAUCAAGCAAAUUCCUCGUUUGUUGGGCCCUGGUCUAAACAAGGCAGGAAAGUUCCCGACACUUGUUAGUCACCAAGAAUCUCUUGAGGCUAAGGUGAAUGAAACCAAGGCGACAGUUAAGUUUCAACUGAAAAAGGUGUUGUGCAUGGGAGUUGCUGUCGGUAACUGCAGCAUGGAGGAAAAACAGAUUUUCCAAAACGUGCAGAUGAGCGUUAAUUUCCUUGUUUCAUUGUUGAAGAAGAACUGGCAGAAUGUGAGAUGUUUGUACUUGAAGACAACAAUGGGAAAGCCGGUUCGCAUCUUUUAAGUACCCUGUCUGUUUUUCUUUCAACGUUGUUGUGAGGUCGGUACUUGAAUCCUUUCGUGUUAGCAGGCUGUUUCGGUUUUGAUUAUGGCUGUUCGUUAUCGUUUUGAAUUAGUAGAUGCUAUGAACAUUCUUGUGUUUUGUUAUUUAUUAAAGAUAAUACAUGCUUUAAAAGAGUUAUUUGCAAA